AGAACUGAACCGUGUUAGUGAUACACUCCGAAAUUGCUAUUGGUAAAAGUGACAUUUGAAAAUAAUUGGAGUCUUAUUUUUAAACAUAAAUCAGUGAAAUGGCGACACACGAGGCGUUCGCUGAGGCCGGUGCUAAUCCGGGAAUCGAAAUCUGGACCAUUGAGCAAUUUGAACCUGUCGCUAUACCAUCAAAAUCUUAUGGAAAAUUUUAUAAUGGAGAUUCAUACAUUGUAUUAAAGACAUCAGGCCAAUCCAACGCCACAUUGAGCUAUGAUGCCCAUUUCUGGCUCGGCAGCAAAACUACCCAGGACAAGAAGGGAUCAGCUGCCAUCUGGACAGUCACCCUGGAUGAUAUGUUGGGCGGCAAGGCAGUGCAUCAUCGGGAGGUGCAGGGCCACGAGUCCAGCAGGUUCCUCGGGUAUUUUAAACCUGCCAUUAGAUACAUGGAAGGCGGUAACGAGUCAGGUUUCACUGAAGUGGAAACCAACGCGGGAGCUGAGAAGAGACUCCUAAAGCUUUCAGGAUGUGAAAACAUGAGGAUUGAGGAGGUACCAGCCGAAUCCUCAUCCCUGACCAAAGACCACUGCUUCAUUCUGGAGGUGGACCAUGACAUCUUCGUCCUGAUGCCCGAAGGUGCGAAGGCUACUCAAAGAAGGAAGAUCAUCAGCGUGGCCAACCAGCUCAGAGAUGACAAUCAUAAUGGAAGAGCUACCAUUGAAAUUAUUGAUGAAUUCUCAUCCGAUGAAGACUAUGACCAAUUCUUCCAAGCCCUUGGAUCAGGAUCCAAAGAUGAAAUCGCAAGCGAUGAUUCUGGCACAACUUACUACCGUGAUGAUAUUUCUGCUGUCUAUCUGUACCGAGUGAUGCUGGGCGAUGGUUUCGAUGUGGUGGCCCUGAAUAAACCAUACAAGCAGAGCCAUUUGACUUCUGAUGAAGUCUUCAUCCUGGACACUCCUUGCUCAGGAGUGUACAUCUGGAUCGGCUCUGAAGUUAGCGCCGAUAUCAGGAAGGCAUACCACGAUAUCGCGAACCAGUACUUCGAGGCUAAGAACUAUCCGUCUUGGGUGAACGUGACGAAGGUGGCUGAAGGCUCCGAGUGCUCGACCUUCAAGCAAUACUUCGUCAGCUGGAACACUGUCAUCACCAGGAGUAUGGGAGCCGUCUCCGAUGAUGCUGGAUACGACUCUGAUGAUGCUGAGCAGAACCAGAAGGUGGCUCAGUACAUCGGUAAGAGUGCGGCUGCGAGGGAGUACAUGCCUGAUAACGGAGAGGGAUCUCUUACUGUCACCAGGGUUGGUGACGGCGCUGAUGUGACCGAGGACUUCACCUCGGGCUGCGGCAUGCUGUACCAGAGCGAGGUCUAUGUGGUCAAGUAUACGUAUACCGAGGAAGAUGGAGAGGAUAACUACAUUGUGUAUUACUGGAUUGGUUCCAAAGCGUCAGCUGACGACAAGCAGGCGGGUGCUGAGCUGGUGGCUCAGCUGGAAGACGAGCUCGGAGACGAUGCUGCAGUCGUGAAGGUGCCUCAAGGAAAGGAGCCGAGACAUUUCCUCAUUAUCUUCAAAGGAAACCUGGCCAUCGUAUUUGGAGGCAAGGACACUGACUACAAGCCCACCAACGCUGAAGGAAACUAUGAUGAAAACAGUACACGUCUGUUUAGGGUGGAAGGCACAGAUUUGAGCGACAUGCGAGCCGUUCAGGUCGGAGAGACGGCUGAUAACUUGGAAGAUGAUGAUGUCUACGUGCUAGAGUUAGCUGACAUUGUCUAUGUGUGGAUUGGAAACGAAUCGAAUGAGAAAGAGAAGGCGGCGGUGAAGACCUUCGUCAAGAUGCUGGUAGGAGAAGAGAAGGAGAUCAGCACUGUGGAGCAAGGCAGCGAGCCGGCAGAGUUCUGGGACGCUUUGGGUGGCGAGCCCGAAGAGAAGAGUGGUUCUGGCUGGAGGAACGCGGUGAACCGCAGAGUGACAGCCCCUCGCACCCUCACAGCUGUGAACGUCAGCAUCACCAAGAAGAUUACCUUCGAAGAUCUCGACACGGAGUUCACGCAACAGGAUCUGUCUGAUGAUGGAGUGUACAUCCUGGACACCGGUGAGGAGCUCUACUUGUGGCAAGGAAAGAAAAUUCCGGAGCGAGUCAAAAUGGCCAGGAACGAUAUUAUCAAGGAGUACAUAGAAGAUGAUGGCUUGGACCGUACGGUGGACAACGCUUUGGUGGUCUUCGUCAAGCAGGGAGAGGAACCGGGAGCUUUCCGGAAACUCUUCCCCGAGUGGGACACUGCUAUGUGGGAUAACCAAACAUCUUACGAAGACAUCAAGAAUGAAACGAAAGCAGCAAAUUCUAAGUAAAAAACAAAAAAGUAGGGCUUAAACAACUAUAGUAUUAGAACUUGAGACGGGAUAUUUACCAUGUUUAUUUAUGUCUAUGAGUUUCCGAUAUUUCGGCACUGUUGCAAGCGCCAUGAUCACGGAUGAACUGGAGUAAAUGCAGGUGGAUGUUUAAGAGCAGACAAAUCGGUCUACCCUCUUUCUCGUUCGUUUUUUGCUAACACUGUGCCUAAAUAUCGGAAACUCAUAGAAAUAGAAAAACAUGGUAAAUAUCCCGUUUCGAGUUCUAAUACCAGUGUUAGUGACCAUGUCAGUUUAAAAACAUAAACAACUAUGUUUUCUAUGUAAUUGUAAGGAUAUAAGUAUAAUCAAAAAUGUUUUUAUUUUUAUUACAUAUUGUUUUAUUAAAAUAAAAUAUACAUUAUUAUACAUUUUUUAUAAACA